CGGAAUGCAAGGAUCACCUGCGUGGGUAGACCCCAGGAACUUUUUGAUAGAGCAAUUACUGGCCAGUUUUAGGAUAAUGUGAUCAACUCUCAUCUUGGGAGAAACUGGUACAGUAGAGAUCCAGUCACCACCACAGAGUCUUUCUCUGCUACUGCAGAACACGGGGCUCUGGCGUGUCCUCCUCUGCAAAUUCUCUUCCUUUUUCCAUGUGGACUGAAUUUCUCUUCCUAGAGGUGGCUUUUGCAGAGAACAAAUGUGGACAAAGCAGCACCAGGCCCUGCGCCCCACAAGAGCUGCCCACGGGAAGCUUCAUAGAAACAGAGAUGCCGUGGCCUGGCCCUUGUCUACGUUCUGCAGAGCCUCCGGUCCAACUUUGUUCCAAAUGAGCCUCACUGCUGCUCUUUGGGUUGCUGUAUUCGGAAAAUGUGGCCCACCACCUGAUUUACCCUACGCCCUGCCAGCAAGUGAGAUGAACCAGACAGACUUUGAAAGUCACACUACCCUGAGAUACAAUUGUCGCCCUGGCUAUAGUAGAGCGAGCUCAAGCCAGAGUCUCUACUGUAAACCUCUGGGGACAUGGCAGAUUAAUAUCGCCUGUGUCAAAAAGUCAUGCAGGAAUCCAGGAGACUUACAGAAUGGAAAGGUGGAAGUUAAGACAGAUUUCUUGUUUGGAUCACAGCUAGAAUUCAGCUGCUCAGAGGGAUAUAUCUUAAUUGGCUCAUCCACUAGUUAUUGUGAGAUCCAAGGCAAAGGAGUUUCCUGGAGUGAUCCUCUCCCAGAAUGUGUAAUUGCCAAGUGUGGGAUGCCUCCAGACAUCAGCAAUGGGAAGCACAGUGGUAGAGAGGAAGAAUUCUUCCCAUAUCGUUCCUCAGUCACCUAUAAGUGUGAUCCUGACUUCACACUCCUUGGCAAUGCCUCCAUUACCUGCACUGUGGUGAACAAAACAGUAGGUGUUUGGAGCCCAAGCCCUCCUACCUGUGAAAGAAUCAUCUGUCCUUGGCCAAAAGUUUUGCAUGGAACAAUUAAUUCUGGACUCAAGCAAACCUAUAAAUAUAAAGACUCUGUGAGAUUUGUCUGCCAGAAAGGGUUUGUCCUCAGAGGCAGCAGUGUAAUCCAUUGUAAGGCUGAUGGCAGCUGGAGUCCUGUACCAGUGUGUGAGCUCAAUAGCUGCACUGAUAUUCCAGACAUUCCUAAUGCUGCCCUGAUAACCAGUCCCAGGCCAAGAAAGGACGAUGUAUAUCCAGUGGGCACUGUGCUCCGUUACAACUGUCGUCCUGGCUAUGAACCUGCUACGAGAGAGCCCAUGACUGUGGUUUGUCAGAAAGAUCUCAGCUGGAGCCUGCUCAGGGGGUGUAAGGAGAUAUGCUGUCCAGUACCAGACCCAAAGAGUGUUAGAGUCACUCAUCAUGAAAAGGCACAUCCUGAGAACGACUGUACUUACUUCUUUGGUGACGAAGUGUCAUACACAUGUCACAAUGGUAAAAUGUUUUCAGCUACUUGCAAGUCAGAUGGCACAUGGCAUCCCUGGGCACCAUCAUGUUAUCAGAGCUGUGAUUUUCCGCCUGCCAUUGCUCACGGACGUUAUACAAAAUCUACUUCAUCCUUCUUCAGUACUAAGGUUACAUAUGAAUGUGAUGAAGGAUACAGACUGGUUGGAGAGGCAACCAUCACCUGCAGCUAUUUACAAUGGACACCAGCAGCUCCACAGUGUAAAGCUCUAUGUCGGAAACCAGAGAUAGGAAAUGGAGUACUGUCUACUAAUAAAGAUCAAUAUGUCGAAACUGAAAGUGUCACCAUCCAAUGUGACUCUGGCUUCGUCAUGCUAGGUUCCCAAAGCAUCACUUGUUUGGAGAAUGGAACCUGGUACCCAAAGGUGCCCAGAUGUGAGCAGGAGGUCCCUAAAGACUGCGAGCACGUGUUUGCAGGCAAGAAGUUCAUGCAGUGUCUGCCAAAUUCAAAUGACGUGAAAAUGGCCCUGGAGGUCUACAAGCUGACUCUGGAGAUCGAACAAUUACAGCUCCAGAUAGACAAGGCAAAGCGCGUUGACCGGGAGUUAUGAGCGGGUGUUCUCUCAAGGAGGAAGAAGUACCUCGUGGGCUUUCUGACUUCAGUGCCAAACAGAACGUCUGCACUUUUAGCAACCUUUGUAACUUUGGCACCAAUGUUCACGGUGAUAAAUAUCUGCUUAGAAUAAUUCAUUAAAGCAUAAUGUAAGUUUAUGAAAUAAUUAGUCAUCUUGUGACUCAAAUUUGCUUUUUGGAAUGCAAUGUGUACUUUUUUUCAAUUAAAAUCAAUCUUGCUCUUGUAA